CGGAGUUCAGGAUUCCAUCUGGACAGACUGUCCCAGCGCCCGGCCUUGUGCCCCCCUGACCCCGUGGCGCCCCCGGACCGAGUGGCGGAGCGGCUGCGUCUCCGGGACCCGGGGAGCCUGACUCCGUGCGGAGAGCGCGGCGCCCUCCACGCCCGGGUCGCGGGAGGAGCAUCCCGGCUGGCCGAGUGGGAAGCCGUCCGGCUCGUCUGUUCCCCUGAAGUAGCCUUUCUUGUUUGCGUCAGUGUUUUCCAGGAGCUGGAAGCUCAAUCUCUGGGCUCCGUGGCGCGUGGUAGAGGGAGAAGCAUAAGGUUCCGCGAGAACCUCCUUGACCUCCCGCUCCCUUCCUUCCUGCAAACUUAAAUGUCAGAUUUAUGCUACAGCUUAUUAAGGUGCCUGCAGACCCAGGAGCAUGAGCAGAGGAGCCGACCCCGCCGAGAGAUGGAAGGAAGCAGCUCCUGCGAGGCCCCCCCGGGGUCGGCUGGUCCGGAGAGCGGACCAGCUAGGGGCACCCCUGCUCCCCCCUCCAGAGAGGUUCACAAGGCAGCUCAGGGGCUCAUCUUUUCUUCCUCGUCGGUUUUAGACUUGAGUCAAAGUGGUCUUCACCACUUAGGAGAGAUCUUUAAAAUUCCCAGCCUCGAACAACUGCAUCUUCAAAGAAACGCCCUCUGCGAGCUCCCCACAGAUUUCUUCCAGUUGCUGCCAAACCUCACUUGGCUGGACCUCCGCUGCAACAGAAUUAAAGCACUUCCUUCUGGGAUUGGGGCUCACAAGCAUUUGAAAACUUUGCUUUUGGAAAGAAAUCCUCUCAAAAUGUUGCCUGUGGAGCUGGGGAAUGUGACCUCGCUGAAAGCAUUGAACCUGAGACACUGCCCGCUGGAGUUCCCCACUCCGCUCGUGGUGCAGAAGGGACUGCGUGCGAUCCUGGCCUAUCUGCAGAUCUAUGCUGCCCAGCACUCCGCCCUCCAAGAUUUAACUUCUCAAGUGAUUUCGCCAGUUACAACGAUGAACCCAAGUGAGCUGCCGCAGCCCGCGUUGUAUUUGUCUGAGGAGGAAGCUGUGCCCGACGAAGACGCCAUUCGUUCCCGGGAGGCGACCUUUUUCCCGCCCGUCGAGAAGCUGGACCUGAGUGAGCUGAGGAGGUCCGCCGACUCCUCGGAAGACUGGCCGGGCGAGGAGGAGAUCAAGCGCUUCUGGAAGCUGAGGCAGGAGAUGGUGGAGCAGGAGCGAGCAGAACUGCUCGAAAACCCGCUCUUGCCGCUGGAGCCGCCCCCAAACCUCAGGGCGGCCUUAAACGCGAAGGAGAAAGCGCAUUCCAGCCCGAGACCCGUGCUGAGCACGGGCCCUCCGAGGGCGAGUGUGCCUCGCCGGGGCUGGGACUGUAGGAGGAAGCUCCCCUCCAUCAGGAGUGUCCUGCCGGCCCUGGCGCCAUCGCUGCAGCGCGCUGGGCAUCCCACCAGGAGGCCCCAGGAGACCAGGACUGCGGCCACCCGUGAGCACCGGGAGAAGCAGGCAGAGACAGGGCAGCGGAGACGAGACGAGCGAGCGCUGCGGGAGUUGCGGGAGCACGCCCAGACCAGGAGGACGGCGGAGGAGGCGCCGAGCGAGCCCCUGCCUCCGUGGCGGAGUCUGGUGGGCUCAAAGAUUCCCUUUGCCGUGGAUUUGAUAGAUAAUGAGAAAAUGCCAGCAAAUCCAUCUGGAAAAAUGAGGUCAAGCAAAGAGAAGUCCUCAAAAGCAAGUAAAGACAAGAGCGCUCUCCGAGGGGAGUGUCCGGAAGAAAACCCGAAACAGCAGACUCAGAAAGCACACGAGGGCAGAAAAUGGUUUCAGGGGAUGGAGACCCUCGAGGAAAUCGGGCCGGCCACACGGGAUUGGGAGGUUGCUAGAAAGCUGCAGGACGAAGCGAGGCCCGUGAGCCUGGGGCCGACUUGGACGCGAAGCCACCGGCUGGGCGCUCUCGCCGGACACCGGCCACUCCGGCCGCCUGCCUCCCGGCCUUGCGGUACGUGGUGUGACCUGAAGUAGUCUGAGUCCGAGGACACCGACAGACACUGCAGAGCGAGGACGCUUGUGCCGGAACCUUCAGUCCCGAGAAGCUGGUUGAGCCGCUCCAGGGCCCACCGGGGCCCCUUCCACGUGUGUCCGGGGGUUCCGACGCCACCAGGGCUGCCUCUCACGGCCUCGUCUGCGUCUCUUUGAAGGCUGUGCAGGGUUUAAGCUGGAUUAAAGGAGAGAGUCUGGGAACCGGCCAUGAGGUUUUCCCUCCCGGGCCCCUGUCUCUGCCGAUCAGGUGGGCGGCGUGUUUGUGUGUCAGUCCCUGUUCCCCGCACCCCUGCCGCCCCGGUCACCCAUGUGACCUUGUGUCCACUGACUCCUGCGUUUCGGUGGGGGAGGGGGGGCGGUCGGAAGUCUGUGAGCGCCCUCCCGGCCCCCCCCCACCCCUGCACUGCUCCUCUCCCGUGGCCUCCCCUUCCUGCUGGCCCAUCUCUGCCCCCGCCCUUUGCAGCCCUACUCACCCAGGCCCGGCAAGGCCCGGCCUGGCUUCCUCACUGCAGGGCCGGCUGGUUGAGCGUUAAAUAAAUUCCAGGCCUUAACCUUGAAAAUGUCCUUCAUUUGACUUCUCAGCUCCUUGACCUCUGGGUGGGAGGGAGGUGGUUAGACCAGGCCUUGGGUCCAGUGACCCCCACCAGCC